AUGGCGCCUGGUGGCGUCAGCGCGUACCAUGCGAGCCUGCUCGGUGUGGCGAUUGUGCUGCCGCACGUCCAACGUAUGUCGCCGUACUUACGCAGGGACGUGGCGUCGAUGGGCGGCAGCCUCCUGAGCUUGGCACCUACCUGGGGCACCGCAUGCGUGCUUUCUGGCCUGCUCGGGAUCGGAAUUGGUGGGAGCAUGCCCAUUGACGGAACGCUCUUUAUCGAGUCGCUCCCGCCGCAACACCACCACUGGCUCACAGCCUUGUCCGUGUUCUUCUCCCUCGGCUCGGUCGUGAGCGCGCUCGCUGCGCUCGUGCUGCUGGUCAGUGUAGGUGCUAGCUGGCGCAUAUUUCUUUUGGUUCUCGCUGGCCUCACGACUGUCGCGGCUGCCUCGCGCCUGGGACGUUUCCGCACGCUCGAGAGCCCCGCCUUUCUCAUGGCCUGCGGAUGCGAAGCCGAUGCAGAGCUCGUACUCCAAGCCAUGGCACCCGAGGGCAGCACGCCGGAGGAUGCGCACAUGCUGAUGGACGAGAAUCCCGACGAGAUGGGUGCCCUCUUCGCCCCCGGGCAGGCGCGAACGACCAUGGUGCUCUGGGUGCUAUGGACGCUACAAUCUCUUGCAUUCACGCUCUUCAACGCCUUUUACCCCUUAUACCUGGAACGAAAAGGUGGGCAUACGACGCCGCGCCCCGAGGCAGCUGUACUGCGGGACGUGCUCGCCUAUGCUGUGAGCAGUGUACCGGGCAGUCUCGUCGGCGCCGCGCUCGUGCGCUCCGCGUAUGGCCGCUACGCCCUUCCGCUCACGCUCACGGCCACUGGACUGGCGCUCCUACUGUUUCUAUGCGCUGCACGCGCCUGGCAUGUUGUUCUUGCGGGUAUGGCUGUUUCGCUCAGUGCGACGACCGCGGCCCCAUCGGUGUGA